GUGGCGGCCCUUCACUUAGCCUCUGAAAAACUACAGCACACAGGAGCGGAAGUGAAGCGGGCCUGAGUCACAGUUCAACAACAAAAAACGUGCGUCCAUAGCCACGCGCCUGGGCUGAACAUUUGAGAGGAACAAGUUGUGUUAAAAUGCUCAGAGACAUCUCUUCAUCGUCCUCAUCGUCAUCCUCCGCCUCCAGCGAAGACGAGGGGCCCACUCCAGAGUCACACACGAACCCAGAUCCCACAGAGAGCAGGAGCACCAGCUUCCAGUGCCCCGCAGACUUCGUGUCCUUCUCUUACAAAUCAUGCUGCUCCACUGUGAAGGCCAAAGGCAGCUCCGAGCUGUGGCUCAUCAAAGCUCCUGCAAGCUUCGACCCACACAGUUUCAGUGGACUCCAGCUGCCCCUGUGUGGCCUGCAGACGCUCCGGGUCCCAUCUGGAGAGGGGGCAGAGCGCACCUACAGUGUCCUAGGCUCCUCCCACUGCAGCCCCGAGCUCCGUGUCCUCACCUCCCCCAAGAACACCCCUCACCCUGCCUCGCUCGCGUCCCCCUUUACUGGACUCAUCAGCAUAUGCGAGAGCUACGGUGACCACAGCGCCAACUCAGCUCUCCACGUGAUCCCUGCCAUCCCACCGCCCUCUCUGCCCCCUGGACUCAAACAACGCUUUCAACACUUUGCCUGCAGGACCGCCCCUCAGCCAGCAGAGGGCGGAGCAGGGAGAAAGCGGAGGAGAGAGAAGAGGAUGAAAACAGAGCCAGAGGAAGAGAGUGUACGGGCAGAGUUGGACGCACUGACCAGUGUAAAGACAGAGGUCAAAUCUGAGCCUGUGGACCCACAGUAUGAAGAGACCGACAGGAAGAGGAAGAAGAAGAAAAAAUCUAAAAGUGAUGACUAGUCUAGUGCUACUAGUCUAGUUCUGUGCGUGUGUGUGUACUUUGUGCACUGUGGUAGUUUUCCUCUGUCAUUAAACUUUUGACACAAUCAA